AUGGAAAAGUCAUGGAUGCUGUGGAACUUUGUUGAAAGAUGGCUAAUAGCCUUAGCUUCAUGGUCUUGGGCGCUCUGCCGUAUUUCUCUUUUACCUUUAAUAGUGACUUUUCAUCUGUAUGGAGGCAUUAUCUUACUUUUGUUGAUAUUUAUAUCAAUAGCCGGUAUUCUUUAUAAAUUUCAAGAUGUAUUGCUUUAUUUUCCAGAACAGCCAUCUUCUUCACGCCUUUAUGUUCCCAUGCCCACUGGUAUUCCACAUGAAAACAUUUUCAUCAGAACCAAAGAUGGCGUCUGUCUAAAUCUUAUUUUGAUAAGAUACACUGGAGACAAUUCACCCUAUUCCCCAACUAUAAUUUAUUUUCACGGCAAUGCAGGCAAUGUAGGCCAUAGGCUACCAAAUGCAUUGCUUAUGUUGGUUAACCUCAAAGUUAAUCUUUUGCUUGUUGAUUAUCGAGGAUAUGGAAAAAGCGAAGGAGAAGCAAGUGAAGAAGGACUCUGCUUAGAUUCUGAAGCUGUGCUAGAUUAUGUGAUGACGAGACCUGACCUAGAUAAAACAAAAAUUUUUCUCUUUGGUCGUUCGUUGGGAGGAGCAGUGGCUAUUCAUUUGGCUUCUGAAAAUGCACAUAGGAUUUCAGCCAUUAUGGUGGAGAACACAUUUUUAAGCAUACCACAUAUGGCCAGCACUUUAUUUUCAUUCUUUCCAAUGCGUUACCUUCCAUUGUGGUGCUACAAAAAUAAAUUUCUGUCCUAUAGAAAAAUCUCUCAGUGCAGAAUGCCUUCUCUUUUCAUCUCGGGACUUUCUGACCAACUAAUUCCACCAGUAAUGAUGAAGCAGCUUUACGAACUUUCUCCAUCUCGGACUAAGAGAUUAGCCAUUUUCCCAGAUGGAACUCACAAUGAUACGUGGCAGUGCCAAGGCUAUUUCACCGCACUGGAACAGUUCAUUAAAGAAGUCAUCAAGAGUCAUUCUCCAGAAGAGAUGGCAAAAACGUCUUCUAAUGUUACAAUUAUAUAAUGUAUCCCUUUUUGAUGAAUGCGCUGUAUUUUAAUUUCUGCAGAAUGAAAAAGAAUGUUCCUUUUCAGGAGUGUUACAUCUGUUCUUAUCUGGAGAGCGAUAUUAAAUUUUGAAUGGACUUCAGUGCUUCUUUAUGAUGAUCCAAAUAGUUUUUUAAAUUUGAAAAAAUAUAGUUCUUGGGAUUAUUUCAUACAUUUUCAUCGAAACUUUCGAUGUGGUUAUGUAUCCGUAUCUUUAGUUUAAUAUGCCAGUAAGAGACUACUCAGAAGUUUUCUUGUUGCUAAAAAAAGGUAUAAUCUAUGUUACACUUAGAUUUGUUGCUGAGAGUGGAAGGAGAUGGGUAAACCAGAAACUUUGGGUGUUACUCCUUUAGAAAAUCUUGGGACAAUCAUGGUAAGCAAACUUAGUUCUGUAACUGCAUUUUUCACAUUAAACGUUAAUAUGAAAUGCAUGACGGUAUUUUAUUCCUUGAAUUAUGCAAUGCAACAUUUUAAAUGUAAAUAGCACUGGUCAUAUACUGGUGCACAUUGUUACCUGGGUUAUAUCUAUUUUUAUGUAAACAGUUUGUUUUUUGUUUUUUUUGUUUUUUUGCAAGAAGUGAAAUUGAGGCCUAUGUGCAGGUUGCCAUUGGAUCUUGCUCUGGUGAAUGCUGACAUUCAGUUUUUCUUACAAAUAAAUGGUACCCCAUUUUCCAA